AUGAGGUGGGCAGAUCUGAGUUGUCGUGGGGACAGUGGCAGGGCUGUGCUGUCCACAUCUCAAGUACGAAAAGCCUUUGAAAAUCGCCCUUUUGUGCUUCAAGUCAGCACAGUGAGGACUGUAGAAGGGACUCUUCCUAUUUUGAAACAAACAGAUUAUGUUUCACGAAGUGUAACUUUGCGGAAAGGGGGGAAAGGGACAAGGCUUCACAAGAAACAGCACAUACUUUCCUUUCAUUCCCGGGAGUCCUGGGGUCGACCUACAGAUGCUGCUCCUUCCAUGGCCGAUGGCGUCCGGACCCCUAGCUGCCGACGGUGCCAGGCAAACCACUGGACUGGACAGCUCAGCUACAGGAAGGUGGCCACAGUCUCGGCCAGCGCAGCAGCCCCCCAGUCACAGACCACCUCUGCCAUCCCACCCUGGAGCCUUCCCACCUCCCUCAGGCUUGCCUCGGCCCAGGCACAGGGGCUGAAGAACUGGGAGGUGGUGGCAACGGGGGCAGUGGUGUCUACAGCCUUGGGGCCAGUCCAGGCGCAUAGGACCCUGCUCCGGGCAACUCUGUGGCCCCUCCAGUGCCAGGGAGGGACCCAGGACAGCCUCAACGCUCAGCCUUGUCUCUUCCUGUCGCUGAUACCUAGGAGAAGGCUCAGAAUGGAAGCUGCCACUCCUGAGCUGAAUCUGCAGGCCAGACUGAGGGAGGUGGGGGACGGGGAGAGCGGAGCUCAAGAUAGCCAGGAGCUAAAACAGCAGCUGCAGCCACUGCCCAAGCCAUCAGCCUCCUCCCAGCAAGAAGCGAAAUAUGUGGAGAUGUGCACUUCGGCUGGAGCCCAGAGGGAAAGUCCCCGGACCAUGGAACUGACUCUGGAGGGCUCGUCUGGGGACCAGAGUGCCUCUAGGAGUCCCAAGGAGAAAGCCCAAGAUGAACCCAGCAGUCAAGAGUGUAAGGCUCUAACCCCCCAGAAGAAUCCUGCUUCUUCAGAACGUUCCAGAUCCCAGCUCUCCGGCACAGAUGAGAGCAGCAACUUCUCCUCCUCCUCCUCCUCCUCCCCAGUGGGAAAAACACAAGGUGGCCUUUUCAAGCUGGAUGAGACCACCGCAUCGACAGGGGCUCUGGCCACCUCGUCUUCCUCCUUAGGCUUUGAGAGUGACAGUGGCGAGAGCGCAGUGAGCUGCCAGCCCAGGGGAGGAGAGGGAGAGGAAAAAGCAGGAGGAGGAGGUGGGGGAGGAAGAGAAGGAGGGGAAGAAGAAGAUGGAACACAGUGCAGGGACAUUAUUGCCAAGUCUCAGGGAAGCAGAGGCCCCUCAAAACACGAGGAGGCUCACUACAUCACCACCCACGAGAUCCAGCUGAGCGAGGUGGAGCAGGACAUGGAUUUCGACGUGGGGCUGGCCUCCCACUGGGAUUUCGAGGACAACAACGUGAUCUACUCAUUCGUGGACUAUGCUUCCUUUGGUGGCAGUGACGAGACCCCGGGGGACAUCACCACCCCAACCGAAGAGGAGGACAACAGCUGCUACCUCAGUACCACUCCCAGCACCAACGCCACCCGGACACCCAGCCCCUUCAGCAGUGACCCUCCCCGCCCCUGCGCAGGCAGCAGUGGUCGGGACACCAGCAGCACGGAAGUGGGCAGUGGCCCUUCUGACAGUGGCCCCACUCCCCCACCCUCUGGGCCUGGCACUGCCAGUGGGCCGGAGCCCUUGCCGGAGCCCCCGGAGGCAGCCUCAGGGGCAGCAGCCGCGGGAGGCAGCUGUGGGAGUGCAGCAAGCCAGAUCCUCCUAUCAAUCAAACCGACUUCCCGGGCUAUAAAUGAGCCUAGCAACGUGCGUGCAAAGCAAAACAUUAUUUAUGCUGCCAAGCAUGAAGGCGACAUGAGCCUCCGCGUCUCUACAGCUGCUGAACACCAUUCAAGUUCACUGAAGCAAGACCCGGCUGCAGCCGUGGCUCAGGACCAUGCGAAGAAAUUCAUUGCUGUCCCUGCUCGCCUGCAAACACGGUGCGGAGCCGUUCGGGCCAAGGAGCUGGUGGACUAUUCCAGCGGGGCCUCCAGCGCCGUGAGUGAGCUGGACGAUGCGGACAAAGAGGUGGGUAACCUGACCUCGCGCGCCUUCCGGAGCCUCGCUUACCCGUACUUUGAGGCUCUGAACAUCAGCUCCCGGGAGUCCUCCACGCUCUCCGAAGUUGGCUUUGGGCGCUGGUCGACCUUCCUAGACCUAAAAUGCGGGGGCGUUGGAGCCAGAGUGGAGCAGAGCCUGCUGCGGAGCAGCGCGGCCUCGGUGGCCGCAGGGCUGAGGAAGGGCUGUGGAGCCAGGACAACCGCAGACCAGCUCUACAUCCACUCCAGGAAGUCCCAGACCAAGGCCUUGGAGUUCGUGGUCAGCAAAGUCGAGGGGGAAAUCAAGCAUGUGGAGACACCUCUGUGUUUCCAGAAGCAGGUCCAGACAGGCUCCCGCGUGGUCACCCUUCUCGAGCCUCUGAAUUUACGCAGUGAGAGCAAAGCCAGCUCCGCCACGGGGCCCUGCAGGGCCAGCAAAGGUUCCAGCAAGGGCCCGGGGUCAGUGUACACAGAUGACGGCUCCGAGACCCCCGAGUGCAGCAAGCCCGCCUCCCGGGCGGAGGGCCCCCAGAAGUCCAAGUUUGCUUCCAGUCUGCUCAAAAAUGUCAUCUCCAAGAAGAUGCAGCGGGAACAUGAGUUCAAAAUGGAGAGGGGUGAAGUCACUGAUACGUCCCACCGUAACCUCUCCAGCACGUCCAAGGAGCCGGAGGGCUCCCCUGGAGGCGAGAAGCAGCGGGACAGGGGCCUGCAGAGGCAGAGCUCCCGCCACUCCGAGGCCAGCUCCGAGUACACGGUGCUCAGCGUGUCUGAUGCAGGUGGGGAGGGGUCCGUGGUGGGCUCUAAAUCCCCAGUUUUCAAAGCCAGUGCUCCUCGGGAGAGCAACGCAGGCUCCGGCCGAAAUGUCGCCGAUGGACAAACAGAGGAAGUGUGUGAAAUUAAAAAGAGUGCAUCAGAGACUGUCAAGGGCAUCUUCCUCCGCAGUCAGAACAGCGCGUUCCGGUCCUGGAAGGAGAAAGAGGCUGAGAAGCGGGAAGAAAAAGCCCCCAUCGGGAAGCUGAAACUCCCCAAAGGGGGUGACUGGAGGGCUGAUCUCGGGGAGAUCUCUGCCAGCAAGUCCACCAUCAUGUCUCGGCUCUUUGUCCCCAACAUCCAGCAGACACCCAAGGACAAGCAGCCGGAGAAACAGGCCACCAAGUACCCUGCUGCCCAGGCCACCUCCACUGCUGUGAUCAGGCCCAAGGCUCCGGAAAUCAAGAUCCGGCUGGGGAGUGUGCAGCAGCCAAGCUCAGACUUCAACAUUGCCAAGCUGCUCACGCCCAAACUGGCCAGUGGCAGUGCCUCUAACCUCCUCAAGACCAUUGAGGACAACACCAGGGUGCAACAGAAACUCUUCCGGGGGGACAACCUGGAAAAAGUGCCCCAAUUCCAGGUGAGAGACGUCAGAGAGAAGUCCAAGGCUCAGGGCCCCCUCCACCAAGUGAGGGAUGUCAGAAAACUAAUCAAAGGGUCAGGAGAGAGCAGUGACAAGGGCAGUGCUACCCCCGAGCAGGGGCUGUCGGGGCCCAAAUCCAGGCAGCUGGCUGCUGCUGCUGGCGGAUCCAGAUCCCUGUCCCCCAUGGUGAUUACGUGCCAGGCCGUGGUGAACCAGAGGGAAGACAGCAUGGACCGGGAGCUGAGGGAGAGCGUGGGCAAAGGUGGCAGCAACAGUGGCUUGAAUCCCACCUCCCCAGAAGGGACAGUCUUGGUUCACAGGGCAUCUGGCAGGCUGCCUGUGGCCACUAUUGCCCCCAAUAAGCCUGAGCAGGGCUCAUACUUGCCCGUGCUCAAGAUCAUCUCCAAGGCUUCUGCUCAGAAGACCCCGGAGAAGGCCAAGGACGAGGAGGUCAAGGAGGAAGGGAAAGGCCCCAAGCCAUCUCGGAAUGCGCUGGAGAAGCUGACUGCUGCAGUGCGGUCCAUGGAGGAGCUGUACAGCUUCAACAGGAAUGAGUGGAAGCGCAAAAGCGACCCCUUGCCCAUGAUGACAGACAGCCAUGUCCUGUCUCUCAUUGCCAGUGAGGAGAGAGAAGGGGCUGGGGGUGCUGAGGGGGACCCCGACAAGCUGGCCAAACGGCUGGGUGAGGUGGGAGAUCGGGGCACAGGAAACAAAGACGGAGUGGUCCUGCGAGGGGCCCCCAUGGAGCGUCUGCUGCGGAGAAACUCCAACCCGAACUCUGAGAGUGUGUCUGCCCGUGCAGCUGCCUUUGAGAACCUGGCCAGGGAAAGGCCUCGAUCCCUCUAUAUUCCUCCAGUCCACAAAGAUGUGGAGAGAACCCAGCCCCUGCAGCCCCUCCCACCACUCCCCAGCAACCGGAAGGUGUUCACAGUGAGUGCCAGCAGCACCCAGAAAACUGGGGGUGUUGCUGGCAAGUUCCCACAAGGGCUUUCUCCAGAGAGUCCUUCAGCAGCAAAGGGCAGCAAAUCUCAGGGACUCCGGUCCCUCAAGAUCUCUCCAGCCACCCGGGCACCACUUGAUGAGGUGACCAACAGGAAAAAUGGCAGCAGUUUGGAAAAGAACAAUAGUGACUGUGAAAAUUACCUGACCAUCCCCCUUAAAGGAAGCUCUGCAGCUGGGGAGCUUCCAGGCAGGCCUGGGGCUAGGAGGGAGGGGCCUCCAGCCUCCUCAGUGGCCACUCUCUGCAGCUUGCCCCCCCUGAGUGCUCGCAGUCAGGUCCCCAGUUGCCCCAAAGGUACCCAGGUCAGUGGAACCAGCCGGCCAGCUUGGACUACCAAACCUGACAACCCGCGGGAGUCGGUAGCUGCCCCACCAGGGCCCCAGAGCCCCGAGCAUCCUCCCACUGCCAUCUACCGCCAGCAGCCACUGCCCUUCACCCUGCAGGGGGCCCAGCCCCAGGUCCUUUGCUUCUCCCCACCUGGCAUGCCUGCCCCAGCAUCUGCAGGCCGAGCUCCGGUCCCCACAGACGCCUUCCAGCAGCCACAGCCUCAGCAGACCCAGCGCAAGAUGCUCCUGGAUGUGACAACUGGCCAGUACUACCUGGUGGACACCCCAGUACAGCCCAUGACUCGCAGACUGUUUGAUCCUGAGACAGGGCAGUAUGUGGAUGUGCCCAUGACGUCCCAGCAGCAAGCUGUGGCUCCCAUGUCCCUCCCUAUGCCUCCCUUGGCCCUGAGUCCUGGAGCCUAUGGACCCACCUACAUGAUCUACCCUGGGUUUCUGCCCACAGUGCUGCCUACCAGUGCCCUGCAGCCCACACCAGUUGCUCACACUCCAGGGGGCAGUGAGCUCUCCCAGAUGGCUGCAGAGACCCCCAGCAAAGAGGCAGCUGCCAAGUUCACAGAGGCCCCAUACUUCAUGGCCUCUGGUCAGUCUCCCACCUCUGCUUCUUCCUCAGCCCCAGCAGCCACAUCCCAGCUGGUGGGGGCCAAGGGCUUUGCCCAGCUGCACAGCAAGCCUGUCAUCAGCAUCACUUCCCAGCCCCUGGGGCCGAGGAUCAUUGCGCCCCCCUCCUUUGAUGGCACCACCAUGAGCUUUGUGGUGGAGCACAGAUGAUGAGCAGUCACCAGGGAGCAGGGUGGAGCCGCUGCUGGAGCAAGACAGAAAGAUGGAUUCUUCUUUAAUCUGAAGGUUGCAUUGUGACAGCACUAAGAAACCAUCAGAAAAACUUCCUCUACAUGUGUUACUCUUAGUUUUUGCUUCUUAUAAGCCACGUGUGUAAGUUUCUGUAUUUCUCUGAACAACCCUGUUAAGACAGUUUGUGUUAUUUUAGUUUUACUAGGCUGAUUGAAUGGUUGCAUUUUUCCCCUGUAAAAUUAUUUCUUCUUAUGCUUUAAUCCAGGACAUAAACUUUCUAUUUAUCUUUUCUUCCAUUUGGGUAGACAAAAAAAAAAAGUAUUUUUACCGUUCAGUCAAACCAUACAACAGGAUGGGAUUUGUUCUGUUUUAAUCCAAGCCAGUACAUCAGUAACUUGGAUCCCAAAUCUCCUUAUAGGUUCUUGGAACACGUGAGGACGAAAAUUGCAGCACAUGCUUGGAUUUUAAAUAUGAUGGGUUCUCACUGUGAAUCAUAUCUCAGCCAAGCCUAGUCAUUCUCUUGGUUACACUCUACAUGUUCCUGUAUUGGGUUUAACACAGUUUCAGAUGUGAUUGUGAAAAA